UUGUGAUGAAUUUUUUUGUUCUAGUGGCGCUAACACCAACUUGCUUGAUGAGAACAAAAAUGAGCUAGAAUGCGGUGUUUGCCAUGACCCAGCCAAGGACUACUUUGUGACUUCUUGUGCACAUGUGUUCUGUAAAUCUUUUUUGCUUGGUUCAUCUACGUUCCUGGGAAAAGUCACCUGCCCGACAUGCUCAAAACUAGUGAGUGUGGAUGUUGAUUGCACACCCAAAGCUGACACAGAACAUCAGGCAAGCAAGACAAAUCUUAAAGGAUUUAGAGCCUCUAGCAUUUUAAAUCGGAUAAACCUCAAGUGUUUUCAGACAAGUACAAAGAUUAAGGCUUUGAGAGAAGAAAUCAGGUUCAUGGUUGAAAGAGAUGGGUCUGCCAAAGCAAUAGUUUUCAGCCAGUUCACAUCAUUCUUGGACCUGAUAAGUUACGCCCUGGGGAAGUCUGGGGUUAGCUAUGUUAAAGUGGUGGGAGGCAUGUCCAGGGCAGCUAGAGAUACUGCAGUCAAUAAAUUUAAAGAAGACAAAAACUGCAGAGUUUUCUUAACGGGAUUGAAAACUGGAGGGGUUGCUCUAAAUCUAACAGCCGCUUCGCAUGUGUUCAUGAUGGACCCGUGGUGGAACCCAGCUGCUGAGAGGCAAGCACAGGACAGGAUACAUAGGAUCGGACAGUACAAGCCUAUCAGGGUCGUAAGAUUCAUAAUGGAGAAAACAGUGGAGGAAAGGAUACUGACGCUUCAAAGGAAGAAAGAAGAAUUGUUUGAAAGUACGGUGGGUGACUCUGAUGAAAACGCUGUACCAAAUCUGACUGAAGAGGAUAUCAUGUCACUGUUCGCAUAACGAAAUCGUGUAUUAGAACAUGACGCUUUCUUUUGUAUAGGCAAAAAAAAAGAAGUUCACAAGAUUAAGGUUCAAUGUUCUUGGUCAAAUUUUUUAAGAACAAGACACUCCGGCCUAACAUGUAUUUUUAGUGCUUCUUAAUGGGAUAGAAAUUUGUAUUCUUCCACGCAGUUUGUAAACGUCAGAGCUCUUCUUUGUUUCGGUGUUUUAACCAAAAUUGGGCCGAAUGUUUGUAUAGACUGAUACUAAUCGGAUCUCAAAACUCCUCCUUGUCGAAAAUUAUAUUGAAUUGGGCGAA